AUAUGCACAGGCCCGUCCCGGGCCUGGCCUGGGACUCGGAUGUUUCAGGCGUCGGGUUGGGACUUCGAACGUCCGCUGAGCCCUAGCCGGAAGCAGGGAAGCCGGAGGUAAAAGCACCGGCUCCUGGCCGGCGCGGUAGCUCUCCUGCGCUCUUCCCUCGCUCGUUGCCCGCUGCCAUGUGGGCCACCCGGAGGUUAGCUCUGUGGCAGUGCGCCCGCGCUGCUGCCUUCGGGCGGCGCGCCUAUCACGGCGAUUCGGUGGCCACGCUGGGCACCCAGCCAGACUCCGGCUCUGCCAUCUACCAGGAAAACUAUGAACAGAUGAAAGCACUAGUAAAUGAACUCCAUGAACGAGCACAGAAGAUAAAACGAGGAGGUGGUGAGAAAGCCCGAGAACGUCACAUAUCAAGAGGAAAACUGUUACCCAGAGAAAGAGUCGAUGGUCUUUUGGACCCAGGGUCUCCGUUUCUGGAAUUAUCCCAGUUUGCAGGUUACCAGUUAUAUGGUAAUGAGGAGGUCCCUGCAGGUGGCAUUAUUACAGGCAUUGGGAGAGUAUCAGGAGUAGAAUGCAUGAUUGUUGCCAACGAUGCCACUGUCAAAGGAGGUACCUACUACCCAGUGACUGUGAAAAAACAUCUACGGGCACAGGAAAUUGCAAUGCAAAACAGACUCCCUUGCAUCUACUUGGUUGAUUCAGGAGGGGCAAACUUACCUCGACAAGCAGAGGAAUUUGCAGAUCGAGAUCACUUUGGCCGUAUAUUUUAUAAUCAGGCAAUUAUGUCUUCUAAAAAUAUUGCACAGAUAGCGGUGGUCAUGGGUUCCUGUACAGCAGGAGGUGCCUAUGUGCCUGCAAUGGCUGAUGAAAAUGUCAUUGUACGCAAGCAGGGUACCAUUUUCUUGGGAGGACCCCCCUUGGUUAAAGCCGCAACCGGAGAAGAGGUGUCAGCGGAGGAUCUUGGAGGUGCUGAUCUUCACUGCAGAAAGUCUGGAGUCACUGACUACUACGCUUUGGAUGAUAAUCACGCCCUUCACUUAACUAGGAAGAUUGUGAGGAAUCUAAAUUAUCAGAAGAAAUUGGAUGUUACCAUUGAGCCUUCUGAGGAGCCUUUAUUUCCUGCUGAUGAAUUGUACGGAAUAGUUGGUGCUAACCUUAAGAGGAACUUUGAUGUCCGAGAGGUCAUUGCUAGAAUUGUGGAUGGAAGCAGAUUCAAUGAGUUCAAAGCCUUAUAUGGAGACACAUUAGUUACAGGAUUUGCUAGAAUAUUUGGAUACCCAGUUGGUAUCAUUGGAAAUAAUGGAGUUCUCUUUUCUGAAUCUGCAAAAAAGGGGGCUCACUUCGUCCAGUUAUGCUGCCAAAGGAAUAUUCCUCUGCUCUUCCUUCAGAACAUUACUGGAUUUAUGGUUGGUAGAGACUAUGAAGCUGAAGGAAUUGCCAAGGAUGGUGCCAAGAUGGUGGCCACUGUAGCCUGUGCCAAUGUUCCUAAGAUAACUCUCAUCAUCGGGGGAUCCUAUGGGGCUGGGAACUACGGGAUGUGUGGCAGAGCAUACAGCCCAAGAUUUCUUUACCUGUGGCCAAAUGCUCGUAUCUCAGUGAUGGGAGGAGAGCAGGCAGCCAAUGUGUUGGCAACAAUAGCAAGAGACCAAAGAGCACGGGAAGGGAAAGAGUUCUCCAGUGCUGAGGAAGCAGCUUUAAAAGAGCCCAUCUUGAAGAGGUUUGAAGAGGAAGGAAAUCCUUACUAUUCCAGUGCAAGGCUGUGGGAUGAUGGGAUUAUUGAUCCAGCGGACACCAGACUGGUCCUGGGUCUCAGUCUUAGUGUGGCCCUCAAUGCACCAAUCCAGAAGACUGACUUUGGCACCUUGAGGAUGUAACUGGAACAUGAAGCAUCUUCUAUUGGCCAUGUACCAAAAAUUAAUACAUUCACAACAUUAAAAUUUUAGACUUUUUCAGCAUGUGACUAUUACAGUAAAAUUGUUUUUGUAACAGUGCACUGUACUUUUCUACCUUAAAAAAAAUCAGUGAAGAUAUUUAUUUGAUGAACCUCAAUUCCCUGUAAAUUUUCUUGGAGAGAUUUUUCAGUGCCUCAGCUUUAUCACCCAUAAAAUAAAAAGAAUAACUUACAGUUAUCCUUUCUAAAGCACAAGUAGUAUGAAAAGUCCUAUAAGCUAUAAAUUCCAGGUAUUAUCGAGACUAUUAAUAUAAAGUUGUAUUCCCACCGAAAUGAUUACUUUGCUGAUUAUGAUUAUGCAUGACAUUUUAACACAUUUAUUUUUUAAAAGCAUCUAUUACUUUUCCCUCCUGCCACUAUCCUACUCCUUCUGAUAAUGAUCAGAUUUCUUGCUGACUGCACUGGAGACUCUAUUUCGUGCCCAUUUUCUGCUCACCCUACCCCUCGCUGGCCGACAGCCCUCUCAAAGGCUACCGUUGAGCUCCAUGUUGCUGAAGCCAGUGGGUUCUUUUCCGCCUUUAUUGGAUUUAAUUCUGUGCAGCAUUCAAAUCUGUUGAACACUUCCUCCUGGAAAUGCUAUCCUUAGCUUCCAUUUCCUGACACUCUAGGUUUUCUACCAAACUCUUUGGCCAUUCUCAUUUAGUUUGCUUCACAGGCCACUCUUCCUUUGCUGAUUCUGACACCGCUUCACCAUUUGUCCUGAUUUUUCACUAGUAAUAAUGGGUACAGUCUUACUUUGAAAGAUACAAGUAACACGGAAGUAUCUCCCCAUUCUUUUUUAAAUUGUGGAAAAUAUACAUGACGUAACAUUUACCAUUUUAUCAUCUUUUAAGGGUACAGUUCUGUGGCAUUAAGUACAUUCACUCUGUUGUGCAGCCAUCACCACCCUCCAUCUCUAGAACUUUUCAUCAUCCCCAACUGAAACGUUGUUAUUAAACACUAACUCCUCAUUACCCCCCGCCCCCAGCCCCUGGCACAUCUUAUUCUUAAACAUAUGUGUUUCUCAUGGCUUGAUUUACUUUUGCUAGGCCAUUUCAACCCUUCUUAUGGCUUCCGUUGCCAUAUAAAUGCAGCUGAUUCCCGCGUCGACAGUUCAUAACACAGUUCUCCCCUGAGCUUCAGACCUGGAUAUCUGCAUUGAUUAUCUUAGAGGAACUGCAGAUUGUCAGCAAGCUCUGUUGAUUUUGCCUCCUAACUCUCA